CGGAAGUUAACGCCGGUAACACAACAACGCGCGAAAUUUGCGUCAGGAUUUUCUACCGUAGACACAUGACAGGGAUAGUUUAUUCUUUACCGAAUCGCCUGGUCCGAAAACGGCUGCUGUAGAGCAAGACUGUACAGCAUGGCGGUGGCCUUUGUACAGGACUGGGACGUCGUUCAGACUCUAGGAGAAGGAGCCUACGGAGAAGUGAGGCUGCUGGUUAACAGACAGACAGAAGAGGCAGUGGCAGUGAAGGUGAUUGAUACCUCUCAGGCUAAAGAAUGUGCAGAAAAUGUCAAAAAGGAGGUCUGCAUCCAUAAGAUGCUCAUCCAUCCCAACAUUGUGAGAUUCUUUGGUCAUCGGAAAGAGGGACCAACUGUUUAUCUUUUCCUGGAGUACUGCACCGGAGGAGAGCUGUUCGACCGGAUUGAGCCUGAUGUUGGGAUGCCAGAGAAAGAUGCUCAUAAAUUUUUUCAGCAGCUAAUAGCCGCCGUGGAUUAUCUUCACAACCUUGGCAUCACCCAUAGAGACAUAAAGCCAGAAAAUAUUUUGCUGGAUGACAAAGACAACCUGAAGCUGACCGAUUUCGGCCUGGCCACCAUGUUUCGUUUUAAAGGGCGAGAGCGUCUUUUAAAUCGACUCUGUGGAACUCUCCCCUACGUUGCUCCAGAGCUUCUCCGCCAAGAGCAAUACAGAGCGCAGCCUGCAGAUAUCUGGGCCUGCGGGAUAGUUCUGACUGCGAUGCUGGCAGGAGAGCUGCCCUGGGAUCAGCCCACUGAGAGCUGUCAGGAAUACUCCGACUGGCUCCAAAAGAAGACCUACCUCACUCCCUGGAAGAAAAUCCAGCCGAUGCCUCUUAGUUUUUUGUCCAAGUUGCUGCUUCCCCAUGUUGAUGCAAGACUGACCCUUGCCGACAUAAAGAAGGACCGCUGGUUUACAGAAGGUUGUCAGGAAUCAGGACCGAUUAAAGUUCCUCGAAAAGAUUUGGAGCUGAAAUCUCGGCAGAAGAGUGAUGACAGGCUGCAGAUUUCCAGCUCGCAGCCUGAUAUUGCUCCAGGAGGGUGGAAGGCCAUGUUGGUAAUCAGCCCAACUGAAGGACAGGUCAGCUUCUCCCAGCCGACCAAACCUGAGCACAUGUUACUGGGGAGUCAGCUGCUGUGCACGCCUGGAGCCAGCCAGUCGCCAUGGCAAAGAUUAGUCCGGAGAAUGACUCGCUUCUUUACCAACGUUAACGCUGAUGCCUCCUUAUCUGCCCUGAAAGACGUCUGUGAUGGAAUGGCGCUUACCUUCAAACUCACCUGCACCCAACAGGUUACUGUGAGCACUCUGGACAAACGUAACAACAAGCUAAUCUUCAAAGUGUUUGUGCUUCAGAUGAACCAGCAAGUUUUGCUGGAUUUCAGGCUGUCUAAGGGUGACGGUUUGGAGUUCAAGCGUCUCUUUGUGAAGAUCAAGCAGAAGCUCGGCGAGGUGGUCUGCUCCCCAAAGAUUUUAUUUCCCAUGCCAUAAAAAAAACUUCCACAGAGAAAACAGAGACCAUCAUAGAGAAGCAAACUGUAUAUAUUUACAUGUUUUUGUUAACAUUUGUCUUUCUUAUCUCAUCUGGACAUAAAAAAGCAAGUCUUGAGGGUAGGUCAUACCUUCUGUGCAGUGACAUGUUGGUUCUAGUGUCAGUCAUGAUUUUCAACAAUGCUGUUUGUAAAAACUGUAGA